GCCCUGCAAAAUCGGCGUAACUAAUUCAUUUGCGUGUUGCACCUGGCAUACUGCCUUGAUUUUCUUGAAACUAUGCUCGGAGCUACAUAUGCAUCUUAGCUAUCGAUAGCAAUGCCUCAUAUCCCAUUACGUUGCCCUGAUGUCGAGUCUUUGCCCUCCACGUUGGCGAACCUCCUGGGAUUGCCUCCCCGCGACGGCCAGACGGAAGCAAUACGAAGUCUUACUGUUGAUCAGAUGGACCUAAUCCUGACUGCACCCACCGGGUGGGGUAAGAGUGUCGUAUUCCAGGCGAUUCCGGCCCUCCGAGGCGGUGUUUGCCUCAUGAUCAUGCCGCUGAAUCUGCUCGAAGAGGACCAGGUUAGUCGUGACGACUCACAGAGCAUAAUAGGGGAAGCAAGGAAGAUGUAUUAAUCGUGGCACAAAU